AUGUCGAACUCGGGCAGAAAAGACUUUGACGUGAAACACAUUUUGCGCCUCCGCUGGAAACUGUUCAGCCACCCGGCAGCCCCGGCCGGCGGCUGUUUGCAGCCGGACAGCAGCUUCGAGCACUGGGGGCCGAGCCAGAGCCGCCUGCUGAAGAGCCAGGAGAGGGGCAGCGGCGCCUUCUGGAAGAAAGCCACCUCUUCGUCGUCGUCCUCCUCCUCCUCUUCGCCCUGUGCCGCCUCUUCGCCGCCUCUCAACGGGACUUUGCGACCCGCCACCAGGCUCCAUGGACUGGCCGAGCAGCCGCGCAACCGGCCGGCCCCUCGCACCGUCUUCUACGUGGAGUCCCUGGAGGAGGGGCCCGGCGGUGGAGGCGAGCUGGGGGAGUUUACCCGCGAACAGGAGAAAACGCUGGUGCUGCGCGAGGUCAAGGAAGAACCCGGGCCCUUUUUGGAUGGUGGCGGCGGCGGCCAAGCAACAGGUGAAGGGGCCGUGCACAGGUUGUCGGCAGCUAGUCUUCCCCUGACACCUCAAUGUGAUAUGGAUUCCAGUAGUUCUGAGGAGUUCUAUCAAGCUGUACAUCAUGCUGAACAAACCUUCAGGAAGAUGGAAAGCUACCUGAAGCAACAGCAACUCUGUGAUGUUAUCCUGAUUGCUGGGAAUCGCAAGAUACCUGCACAUAGACUUGUUCUCAGUUCCGUUUCUGAUUACUUUGCCGCCAUGUUUACAAGUGAUGUUUGUGAAGCCAAGCAAGAAGAAAUAAAAAUGGAAGGCAUUGACCCAAGUGCACUGUGGGAUCUUGUUCAGUUUGCAUAUACAGGUUGUUUGGAACUUAAGGAAGAUACCAUUGAAAACCUCCUGGCAGCUGCAUGUCUUCUUCAACUCCCUCAAGUAGUUGAAGUGUGUUGUCAUUUUCUCAUGAAGCUUUUACAUCCAUCUAACUGUUUGGGAAUCCGGGCAUUUGCAGAUGCUCAAGGAUGCACAGAGCUUAUGAAAGUGGCUCACAACUAUACCAUGGAGAACAUAAUGGAGGUUAUUAGAAAUCAAGAAUUUUUACUGUUACCAGCAGAGGAACUCCACAAGCUUCUUGCCAGCGAUGAUGUGAAUGUUCCUGAUGAAGAGACCAUUUUCCAUGCCUUAAUGAAGUGGGUUAAAUAUGACAUGCAAAGGAGAUGUAAUGACCUGAGUAUGUUACUUGCCUACAUCCGAUUACCACUCCUUCCACCACAGAUUUUAGCUGACCUAGAAAACCAUGCACUUUUUAAAGAUGACUUGGAAUGUCAGAAGCUGAUUCUGGAAGCCAUGAAAUAUCAUCUUUUGCCAGAAAGACGAACUCUUAUGCAAAGUCCAAGAACUAAGCCAAGAAAAUCAACAGUUGGGACCCUGUAUGCAGUUGGAGGAAUGGACAACAACAAAGCAGGUGCUACGACCAUAGAGAAGUAUGAUCUUAGGACAAAUAUAUGGAUCCAAGCUGGAGUGAUGAAUGGCAGAAGGCUGCAGUUUGGCGUGGCUGUCAUUGAUGACAAACUCUUUGUGAUUGGAGGUCGGGAUGGUUUAAAGACAUUAAACACUGUUGAAUGUUACAAUCCAAAGACAAAGGCAUGGACUGUCUUACCUCCAAUGUCAACCCAUAGGCAUGGCUUAGGAGUUACUGUUCUUGAAGGGCCAAUUUAUGCAGUGGGAGGCCAUGAUGGCUGGAGCUAUUUGAACACAGUCGAGAGGUGGGACCCCCAAAGUCAGCAGUGGACAUUUGUAGCCAGUAUGUCUAUUGCCAGAAGCACUGUUGGUGUGGCAGCAUUAAAUGGCAAGCUAUACUCAGUUGGAGGACGAGAUGGAAGUUCUUGUUUGAGUUCUAUGGAGUAUUACGAUCCCCACACAAACAAAUGGAACAUGUGUGCUCCAAUGUGUAAGAGAAGAGGAGGUGUUGGAGUGGCUACUUGUGACGGUUUCCUUUAUGCAGUCGGUGGCCAUGAUGCCCCUGCUUCUAACCAUUGCUCCAGACUCUUGGAUUAUGUCGAAAGGUAUGACCCAAAAACAGAUACUUGGACGAUGGUGGCUCCAUUGAGCAUGCCUCGUGAUGCUGUUGGUGUUUGCAUCCUUGGUGAUAAAUUAUAUGCAGUAGGUGGAUAUGAUGGCCAGACGUACCUGAACACUAUGGAGUCAUAUGACCCUCAAACGAAUGAAUGGACACAGAUGGCUUCUUUAAAUAUCGGAAGAGCUGGGGCCUGUGUCGUAGUCAUAAAGCAACCAUGAUUCUGUUUGCACUGGAUUUUAUUGACUUCUAGGUGGAUUUUUCUGUCAGACAAACAAGAAAGAAAACGUUGUUGAGCAUAAGGAUCGAUAGAUACACUCAAUACUCUGUUGAUCACAAACUUGAAGAAGUUUAAAAAUAGGAAGAAAAAAUGACGAUUUGAUGCCUUUUCCCAUCAAUGGUUGAGCAAGAAAGAAAAUCAAUCUGCUGUAGGACCUGAUCUAUGAACACAAAAAGAGAAUGUUCAGGUACUGCUCUACAGGCUGCGUAAUGCAGUUAUAGCAAACUGGCAGUGACCAAAACCAACUCUUCAUAAGGAGUAGAGCAGCCUAAUGAAUGGUUUUCAUAGCACUAGAGAUUUUAACUCUGGAACCAUCAUAGCACACUAAGUCACUUUUUAAACCAUAGUUUUAUUAAAAGAAAAUGUAGGUAACCAAUUUAUUUUCGCGCUCUCUCUUUCUCAAGGCCUUAUCUUCAAAUGGUU